AUGUACGUGGCCGCAAAUCCCGCCAAGGCACGGUCUGAUGUCGACAAGGAGGAAAUGCAAGCAAAAUAUAAGCCAGGGGACCAGGUGUUGCCAAAAAUAAAUACUCGAGAGCGGACUGCUGAAGAGAGAAGAGCGGACGAGGAGGAUCGUCGUCUGAUAGACGAAGUUCGAGAAAUGAGCCUGCGCGAGGCGACACCAGGGGGGCUGUCUCAACGAGACAGACGCCGAAGACAAAGGCAAACUCAAUCUGUUGACGGGAGAUCAAGAUCAAGCAGGGACCAGAGCUCGAGCUCUCGCCGUCGAGGGACCGAGCACACAACAAGGAAUUCUCGUAGCGAUGACUCCAGUCGUCCGGGCUCGGAUCACAGUGCCAGUGACAGAGAGCAGCGGAGAAGACGGCGCCGAAGUGUCAGCCGCCAGCGUCAAGUUGAGCACCAAACGUCCCUAAGAUCAUUGAUUGGAUCAUCGGAGAUGAGCGAAAGGGAUAUUGAGAGAGAAAUCGAAGAUUUUGCUAGACAGAUCCAAGAGGAGGGUCUUCUAGAUGGGCUUGAUUUGGACAAUAUUGAUUUGUCCCGGGAUGACGACUUGAGCAGGCGUAUCACCGAGGCAUAUAGGCGUCGGCAAAGGGAACGAUCUCGCAACGAAUCUUCCCGCCAGCCCACUUCAAGCAGCAACAACGCAGCUUCUAGGAACUCAGAGGGGGCUCAGACUGACGCAAGAUUGAGGGCACCGGAAGGUGGUUCCAGAUCCCGCGCCAGCUCAAGGUCAACUAAUGGAGGCGGCCAGGCCGAGGACAGGAGUAGGCCGCCUCCAACUGGGUCAACCAACCUUGAAGUGAGAGAUGCUGCGAGACGACCACGACGGAGGACUGCUAGCGGGGGCCGUAGUGCCACGACACCCGUCUUUUCGUCAACAGCAGAGACUCGUCCUGCUGCUCGAUCCUCAACUGACUUGGGACUACGAUCCCGAACAUCGGAUCCCACUGCACCUCGGCACAGCUUCAGUGAGGGUCGUAGUUCCAGUACUCCAUCAGUACCGGCUUCUUCUCAGGCGCCCAUUGAGCUGCCAGCGUCAGCAUCGAGUAACAGCAACAUUGCAUCAUUUGCUAAUCGAGUGCCUCAAUGGAACCCUAAUAUAGCUGAUCCCUCGCCGGCAACAACGCAUGAGCUGCCUGCAGCACAAAUCAGCAGACCCCAUCUACCGGCGGAGUUGGCCAUUGUUCACUCCGCUGUUUCCAGCCCCAUGAGCAGCCCGAGUGCUACUUCAGGUCAUCGGCGAACAAAGUCGCAGCUAUUCCCUGAACCGUCCAUCUCGUGCGCAAAAUGCAACAAGCAGCACAUAGAAUACGAAUUGCACUAUAACUGCGGCAUAUGCACGGGCGGGCAGUGGAACAUCUGCCUCGACUGCUAUCGAGCCGGCAAGGGAUGCCAAUAUUGGUUCGGAUUUGGCUAUGGCGCGUGGAAGAAGUGGGAGAAUUUGCGACAGAAGGGCGAUGAUUCUUUAGCCAAGCCACACAUGCUUACAGCAUGUCGAUAUUUGCCGCCUCCAUCGACGCCUGGCGGUGCUGAUGGGAGGAAGACGUUGACAACAGAUGAUCCGAGAGGCAGGUUGGAAACAGGAACGUUCUGCGCUCGGUGCUUCACCUGGACAAACGACUGUUACUGGCGUUGCGACGUAUGCAACGAGGGAGACUGGGGAUUCUGCAAUAACUGUGUCAACCAGGGCAACUCGUGUACCCAUCCACUUCUGCCCUUGACUCAUGAGGCGCUACAAGCUGCCAGCCGUCCUCAUAGCCCGAGAUCGACGGGCCGGCCCCCGGCUGCCACUGUCUAUACGGGACCUCAAGCAGCAAAUAUUGGGCCGUUCAAGCCUCUGACGUUCCGCACCAGGUGCGACAUUUGCCAGGACCCGAUAUCUCCGUCUCACGUUCGAUACCACUGCUUCAGCUGCAAAAGUGCCUUGAUUCCCGAGGCUCCACCAGGUGAUUAUGAUAUAUGCUCGUCAUGCUACAACAGCUUGGUUUCGACGGGCCAAAUCAGCAUGGAGAAUGGGCAUUCCGGCUGGAGACGGUGCUUGCGUGGGCAUAAAAUGGCGGUCAUUGGGUUCGCAGACGGCAAAAUUGGACAGUGGCGAUUUAUCGAACGCGACAUUGUAGGUGGGCGAGUGCUACGUUCAGAGGCCUUUGAGAGUCCUGAGCGCAAUGGGCAAGAGUUGCAAAAAUCGUCUUGGAAGAAUGGGGAUGAGAAAUUGGAGCGUCUAGUUACAAAAGACGUCUCCGCAACUGCUCCUUCUACUGUCGGAUCACUGUCAUUCACGCAAACGUUCCCACUGGAUGGCGGCACAGGAAUGAGGGCGAAUGCCCGUUGGGCCUGGUAUCCGCAGGCUGGGUCAGACGACGAACUGUUGUUUCCAAAAGGCGCAGAGAUUCGGGAGAUUGAGGAUGUCAAUGGUGAUUGGUUCUUCGGUACAUAUAUGGGCGCCAAAGGUCUGUUCCCAGCACCAUAUGUGCGACUUGGGCAAAGGAUGUGA